UUUGUUAAAAUAGAGUUAUUUAUUUAAUUAACCAAUAAAUUUGGGGCUUGUGAUCGGGUACUGCAACAACUGAAACAUGGCUGCUGAACUUGUGAUCGGGUCUCUUCUCUCUGCUUCUUUUGAUUUUUUGCUGGAAAAGAUUGCUUCUCCUUAUGUUGAGGAGUUGUUGUUCAAGGGAAAUCAAAGUAGUGUUUCUGAGAGGCUUUUCAAGUUGAAGUCAACGUUCAACUGUCUCGCUGCUGUUCGUUUCGAGGUGGAGAACAAGAGAAUCAAAAACCCUGCUGUGGAGAAGUGGCUGGACGAUCUUCUCGACGCUGUGGAUGAUGCAGAGGACUUCUUUGGCGAUGUUGAAUAUGAUGCUCUCAAACCGAAGAAAGCUGCUGAGUCAAGGAAAGCAAGAAGAAAGGCAAGUAAGUUACUCUCUUGUUUCUUCUCUAAACCUUCGAAUUCAAUUGAUCGUAAAAGAAACACCGAUAUGGAAGAUAUUCUUCAGAGAUUGGAGUUAUUAGCAAAUCAAAUUGGAAUCUUGAAUCUAGAAAACAAUGUUAUUGAGGUGAAACCAUCAGAAAUGUUGUUUGUUAAGACUUCACUGUUGGAUGAACCUGAAGUUUAUGGUAGAGAUAAUGACAAGGAUGCUUUAAUGAAGUCUUUGAUAUCAGAUGAUGUAGGCGGUGAUCAAAAGAUAUAUGAUGUCAUUCCCAUAGUGGGAAUGGGUGGGAUUGGAAAAACUACCCUUGCUCAAACCCUUUUCAAUGAUGAAGAAAUGAUGAAGAUGUUUGAACUGAAGGUCUGGGUGUACGUUUCUGAUAAAUUUGACGCCAUGGCUGUGACAGAAACCAUUCUUCAACAAGUGGCUUCGGGUGAUGAUGUUCGCAAUGGCAUGGAUUUGAAUUCGCUUCAAGUUAACUUGGCGAAGAAGUUAAUGGGAAAAAAGUUUUUGAUUGUUCUAGACGAUGCUUGGGCGGAUGAUUAUGUUCAGUGGAAGGAAGUGAUGAAGCCUUUCAAGGAUGGAGCCAAAGGCAGCAAAAUAGUAGUAACAACAAGAAACAAGACAGUUGCGGAUAGCAUUGGAACUGUUGAUCCACACUAUCUUAAAGAAUUAUCAAAAGAUGAGUGUUGGGAACUGUUUGCGAAACACGCCUCUCGUGGAAAUCUUGAUAUGUUUAUUGAGAAUCCAAAACUAGAAAGUAUAGGCAGAGAAGUUGUUAAGAAAUGUAAUGGCUUGCCUUUAGCUGCUAAAGUUCUAGGAGGCCUCUUGAGAUCGACGUUGGAUGCUGAGAAGUGGGAACAAAUAGCAAAGAGUAAUAUUUGGGAGAUGACUGAUAAAAGGAGCAAGGUUCUUCCUGCGGCCUUAGAAGUGAGCUACCGCUAUCUUCCCCCACACUUGAAAAAGUGUUUUGCUUAUUGCUCAAUAUUCCCAAAAGGCUAUGAAUUUCAAAGACAGGAACUAAUCUUAAUAUGGAUGGCAGAAAAUCUCGUGAUGCAUUCGGAGGGGAGUAAGAGAAUGGAAGAAAUUGUUGAUGAGUAUUUUGAUGAAUUAAUAUCUAUGUCGUUUUUUCAACCGAGGACCAAUUACAAUAAUGAGCCGUAUUUUGUUAUGCAUGACCUUAUAGUUGAUUUGGCUAGAGCUGUUUCUGGAAAAUAUUGUUAUUUGUUGGAGCAUAUUGAAGAUAUUGAUAAGUUUGAGAAGAAGACUCGUCACCUUGGAUGUGCCACGGAAGUCCUUUGUUAUGGUGAUAAGAUAUCUACUUAUGAUUUUAAAGCUACUCGUUUGCGAACCCUUUUGUCAAUAAGUUCUGGUUUUGGUGAUUCAUUGGUUCCUAAGGAAGUAGUGCACGAUUUGUUGCCGAAGUUGAAAUGUUUGAAAGUUUUAUCUUUUCGUGGUCGUGGUAUCACUGAUUUGGCUGAUUCAAUCGGUGAUCUAAAAUAUCUUCGCUAUUUAGACCUUUCUGGCACCGACAUUGUGAUGUUGCCCGAAUCUGUAACUGUAUUGUACAAUUUACAGACAUUGAAAUUAGAAAAUUGUCGUCUACUUAAAACUCUCCCCAAAGAUAUGCAUCAACUCAUUAAUUUGAGACAUCUUAUUUUCAGCAACGCUGGGCUAGUAGAGAUGCCAAGUCAAAUAAGUAAAUUGACGAAACUCCAAAUGUUGACAACAUUCGUUGUGGGAAAGGAUAGUGGUGCUAAAAUAGAAGAGUUGGCAAAACUUUCAAGUCUACGCGGAGAACUUUCCAUUCAGAAGUUAGAAAAUGUGGCCAAUAUUACCAAAGCAUCGGAUCAAGUCAAUGUACUGGAUAAGAAGCUACUUGAGAUAUUGAGUUUGGAAUGGACUGCUUAUGUUGAUGUUGAUGUUGAUCCAAAACAUGGAGAGAGUGUGCUUGAAAUGCUUUCACCUAACACAACGUUGAAGCAGAUCGAGAUUCUUGGUUAUCCAGGCACAAAAUUUCCAAAUUGGAUUGGGGAUGAUUCAUUCAACAACAUUGUUGACAUAAAGCUUAGUGGGAGUCGGCAUUGCUCCAAUUUACCACCACUUGGGCAACUGCCUUCACUAAAAAUUCUUCACAUUUCAAGUUUUGAUUCAGUAACGACUGUGGGUGCUGAGUUUUACGGGAAUAGUUCCGCGAAGAAGAAGCCAUUUUCAUCAUUGGAAAUCUUAAUUUUCGAGAACAUGUCAGCAUGGAAGCAAUGGCACUCAAUGCAAACUGAAGAUGAUGCAGCAACAUACAGAAAGCUCAAAACACUUGAGAUUAAACGUUGUUAUGAGCUCAUUGGGGAUUUGCCUCGCUUCCUUCCUUCUUUAACAAGGAUUAUAAUUAAUGCAGAUAAGCAGUGUUCUUUAAAUAUUCCAAGAUUACCUUGUGUGACAGAAAUGAGAAUUAGAAAAUUGGAAAAUGUGGAAUCAUUGUACGAGGCAAUAAAGGCAAUGAAUCCUUCUUCUUCGACUGGAAGUUUGCUUACCACUCCCACUCCUCUUCAGUCACUUACUUUGAGUUACUGUGGGUCAUCCUUUAGAUCCUUCCAUAUGGAUUUAUUUCCCACUCUCCGAACUCUUGAUAUAUACGACUGCGAUUACUUUGAAGCCCUCUCAAUGUCCGAUGGUCAAUGUCGGGAACUAACUUUUCUGUCUAUCUAUCGUUGUCUUAGCUUUGUGUCUUUCCCAAAUGGUGGACUUAUUGCUCCCAAACUGAGAGAAUUUCGGAUUUCUCGUUGUCGUAGCUUUGUGUCUUUCCCAAAUGGUGGACUUAUUGCUCCCAAACUGAGAGAAUUUCGGAUUUCUCUUUGCCCUAAAUUGAAGUGGUUGCCAGAGAAGAUGACUUCCCUCUCAUCUUUGAAAUCUUUGACAAUCGAAAGUUGUUCAUUGAUAAAGACUAUUCCUGAAGGGGGUCUGCCCAUUAGUUUGUCUACACUUGGGAUAAACUAUCAUCAACUUUUGAGGAUGAAAUGGAAUCGGCAAACAUUACCCCAUCUCAGGGUUGUUACAGUUGAAGGAGAUGAGGAAGAUUUGGAAUCAUUUCCGGAGGAAAGACUACUGCCUGCCACUAUCACCUCUCUUUCUAUCCAUAGAUUUUCAAAACUUAGAGGCCUGGACAAAAAUGGGCUGAGUCAACUCACCUCCUUGCAACAACUUCACAUCAGGUGGUGCCCUGAGUUGCAGACAUUAUCAGAAGAAGGGUUUCCAACCUCCCUUAGGUAUUUAUGUAUAAUAAAUUGUCCUCUGCUGAAGAAAAUUUACGACCCAAAGGAGAGUGAGAAUAAGGAGUACUCGAGCAAGAUUAGUCACAUCCCACAUGUUUUAUUUCGUUGAGCUUGCAUUUACCAUACGUCACAUCCCAAUCUUUCGCACAACUACUCUAAAUGUUAAAUCAAAUAAUUGAGUUAUUGCAGAAUUAUUAUGAGAGCUACAACUGUUGAAAUCCAUAUCAGUUCAGAAUGGACCAAAAUAUCAAAUUGGGAACUCAGAGUUAUCCAGCUUGCUAUGUAUCAGGGUCAUCAGACAUCAAGAUCUGUCAAUUGUUGCUGUUUUGGAUUAUAAAAUGUGUUAUGCAUAGCUGUUAUGGCUUGGAAGUAGGACCUGAUUAUUUGGUCUCAACCAACGUGUGACUACAUACAAUAUCAUAAAGCUUUAAGAUUGGAGUUCUCAUAGUUAUAGAAGCAAUCAGAGUAUUACAGAUUACUGAAUCUGUGGGGUAAUCCUGGCAAACUAAGUAAAUGACAACUUCAAGAUUCAAGAAAGGGUAACUGUUUUAACGGUUUCAGAGGGCAUCCUCUAAUUAUCAAUUAUUAAGGGCUCUGUGGAAAGAUGAAUGAAAACGAAGAUUUUAGCUAUAUGCUGACAACUCUAGCUUGAAAGAAACAGUCUUAUCUUUCAUGGCAUCGAAUCAGAGUUGAUGCAGCUGUGGGAAAAAGUUCAAUUUUAGGAACCUUUGCAAUCUUCAGCUUCUGGAAACUCAAUCUAUGCAAAGUGUUACAAAAUUCUCAAAUCCAUACCACAAAACUUCAAGCUGAGACAUUUAAGAUUACUUUUAAGAUUACUGGAUCUUGACUCAUAGUCUUAUGGAAGCAGUUAUGUUAGUUGGAAGGUUUUGACAGUUGACUCAUAAAGACUGCAGUUUGAUUUUAUUAAUUCUGAUUUUAUUGGUCUUAGGCUAAUGUGUAAAGAUAUAAAAUGCUAAUGUUUGACUGAUGUGUUUUGCCUUAAGAGUGAGUGAAAAGUCUAUAGUGGGCUGAGAGAAAUCUUCAAGUGUAAAAGCAUUGUUGAGUAUUUAAGUGAUAUUAACGAUUUAACAUUGAAGGUGCAUCCAAUUCUUGCCUAAUCUAAUUUGUACAAAUAAAGAUAUCAUUUUGUGAAUUAAAUUAGAUUUGGAACAGGUUAAUAGGAUUAGAUUGAAUUGGUUAAAUUAUUUUAAACAUUUCUAAAAAGUGUAUAGUAAGCACAUUAUAAGGUGGUGGGGUGGCCAAGUGAGUAAAUGGUGGGUCUGCCUUCAUAAAAUUCCAAAGGUAUAGUUGGUGGGAGCUUCCAUGAUAGCUACUGAUUAAACAAUUAUUUAGAUAAUGAUUUCAAUGGUGAAGCACUAAUAUUUUGUCUUUUGGGAGAAAAAUGAAGACAACAAAAUCACAAACAAGAUUUCUAGAGGGAGAGAAGAGAAUGACUCGUCUUUGGCAAAGUACCGCGCUGUCAACUUUCUGGGUUAUUUGGUUGGAAAGAAAUAGCAAGAUCUUUGAUGAGUCCUCUUGCUCUGUUGAUUCCCUUUGGGAUAAAAUUAGAUUCUGGGUGGCUACCUGGGUAUAUAGGUCGAAAGGUUUUGAGAAUGUUUUCUUCUUGGAUCUUUGUAGGGAAUGGAUGUAUUUGUGGUCCUAAUCUUUCUUGUUCAGGCUUAUUCUAAGGCUUUGUAUAUGUCUUAUUUUUGUUUCCACAGUAUUCUUCCGCCAAAAGUGAGGGUUAUUAUUGAUUUUGAGAGGAGGUCUUUCUGACCUCUGACUCUUCUUUUCAAAAAAAAAAUACAAGAUUUCUUUCUAUG